AUGGAUACUCCUGGGUUUGAUCCAGAACAUGCUGAAGCAAUAUUCCAAGAAAUAGUACGGGGUAUUCAGAGUAUACCCUCUACUUCACAGAUUGUCGGCUUCCUCUAUUUCACAUGCAUCAACCAGCCACGUUUUGACUCGUUUGAUCGCAAAGUGCUUCAAGUAGUUUGCGCUAUGUGUGGCCAUAACUAUAUUCCUUGUGUGACCUUCAUUACUACGUUCUGGACUGCCGAAGGGACUUCACAACAAGCCAAUUUCGAUACCCAACUUCGAUCCUUGAAAGUUGAGUGGAAAAAAGCAUUUUCAGUCGAAGAGCUACACUCUUAUAAACAUGGCCGGGGAUACCAUACUGCAGGGACAGUUGCUGAACCUUUUAUCAACUGGUUUGAUGACUCCGGUCGGAAUCAGAUGGCGCAGCAUGCAAGGAACAUGAUUGCAAGGCGCUAUUGUGGUCCAAACAUAUCCAGAGCCUCGGAAAAUACUCCAAAGAUUGUUCAUGAGCUCAGACGUGGUACCCCCAUUCAUGAAACAGAGGCUGGACGAGUUCUUGGGCUACAGCCGGCUCCGCGUAUGCGGUCAGUGCCUACAUUUAACCAGCAGCCCCAAGGAGAUCCCAACCGACAGAGUUCAAGUGCGGCUUCUAGCUCGAAUGCUCAAUCGGAUCGCAAAGACAGCCAAGAUAAGGAUUUUCGAGAUAUACCCCGGACUUCUGAGGAUGGUACUCAACCAACUCAAGUGCCCGAAAGAAACGCACUUCAGACCGCACGUCAGAUAGCUAUGGAAUGCUGUCACUGGUUCUUCCAGAACGUACAAUUCAAUAUUGAUAUUGGUGGCCCACGGGGAAACAUGACGCCUGCUAUGAGAAGUGGAUACGGUGAGUCUGCGCCGGUAUACAACCAAGUCCAUCAUUGA